GAAUAGUAGAACAUGAUAUUACGCUCAAAUAUAACGUGAGAUAUAGUUUAUAAAGUAAACAAUAAAAUCAAAACAUUUGUUAUACAGCUGAAAAAAAGUUAAGAUGUUUUUUAAAACAAGUACAGAUGUUAUGUAAAGCGCGGAUAAAUUUAUAUUUUAGUUCAUUUAGUAUUUUCGUUUUGGAAUGUCUUCUGCAAGGGAGUUUAAAGAUGCGUAUGUACUCGGUAAAACGCUUGGCAACGGAAAUUUCUCCGUUGUAAAAAAAUGUCGACAUAAAUUUUCAAAAGCGAUGUACGCUGCAAAAAUAAUAACUUUCUCGCCAGAAAACAGAACUGAAAUACUUCCUAUGGUGAAAGCUGAAGUAGCGAUAAUACGAAAGUUGAAACAUCCGAGCAUCUUGUCGUUCGUUGAUGUUUAUUAUGACUUAAGGAAAGCUAUUAUCAUCACAGAAUUGGCAGAGUUUGGCGAUCUGCACGAGUAUAUAUUGAAUCAAGAAAAAGUGGAUGAAAAUACAUCUCGACUGUUCGCAUUGGAAAUUUCGUCCGCCGUAAAUUAUAUGCAUUCCCAGAACAUAGUUCAUCGUGAUAUAAAACCAGAAAAUUUUUUACUGUUUAAAAAAGAUGGCUGCUACACAGUGAAGUUAUGUGAUUUUGGUUUAGCAGAAGAAGUGUCUAGUUUUGGACUAAAUGAAGUGUGUGGAUCCCCCAGUUUUGUAGCUCCUGAGAUAUUGGAGUUUCGACCAUAUGGACUCCCUGUGGAUGUAUGGUCAAUGGGAAUUGUGUUUUAUUUCUUACUGUGUAAAUAUUGUCCGUUUGACCAUGUGAAUUUGAACUCAAAAUUUAAAAUGGUCAUGAGUGAUGAAUUACAAUUUCCGUCAAAUGAAUGGUCAUGUAUAUCGAAAAAAGCAAAAACAUUAAUACAAAAGAUGCUAGUAAAAGUGCCGACAUGUCGAAUCACAGCAAGUAAAGUGUUGUACGAUCCUUGGUUUCAAACACCGGUUGAACGACAGCCAGAAAGUACGUGUACCGAAAAAAGAACUCUAUCUUUAAAAGCAGCAGCCAAUGCAGUGAAAGCAGCCGCGACUUUGGUGCACAACACACCAUGUGCGCAGCGGGAAGACGCCGUGAUGUCACGCAAACUCAUUGAAUGCACGCUUUCCUUAUGAUACUUGUAAUUUAGAAUUUUUUUCAAGUUUGUCUCUCCUGGGACUGUCUUCAAUUAAAAUAUAUUUAUUUUUUUAUUAAAUCCGUAAAUAUUUUCAUUUUUUAUUA